AUGGCGCGUAUACUAUUAUUGUUUGUAAUUCUGCAAAUAUUUUUUACUGCCGACUGUUAUUUUCAUUGGUACCCUAAAUUAAACCUGGGUGAGUGCGAUGAUGGAGAUGCUGGCGAGCCACUAUUUCUGACUCCGUAUGUGGAGAGCGGCAAUAUUGAAGAUGGUAGGAGAAGAGCACGAGUGCCGUUCACUGAAAGUCUUCGUAUUAAGAGUUAUUCAGGAUAUUUCACUGUGAACAAAACUUAUGACUCCAAUCAGUUCUUUUGGUAUUUUCCUGCGAUGAUUCCUGAUGGGAAAAACGCACCCGUCAUCGUGUGGUUACAGGGUGGUCCCGGAGCGACUUCUCUGUAUGGGUUAUUUACUGAAAAUGGGCCACUUAGAGUGCGCAAUUUUAAAUUUGAAAGAAGGAAAUACAAUUGGGCUUUGAAUCACCAUGUCAUCUACAUAGACAAUCCAGUAGGUACCGGUUUCAGCUUUACUAAUGACAGCAGGGGGUACUGUACUGAUGAGACACAAGUAGGUGCCCAAUUGUAUUCUACUCUAGUUCAGUUCUUCCAACUCUUCCCAGAACUACAACCAAAUAAGUUUUAUGUGACAGGUGAGUCUUACGCUGGCAAAUAUGUUCCCGCACUUGCUUACACAAUACACAAGAUGAAUCCAUCAGCUAAAGUUAAAAUCAACUUGAAAGGUAUUGCAAUUGGUAAUGGUCUGAGUGAUCCCGAACACCAACUUGUUUAUGGAAAAUAUUUGAAUCAAAUUGGUCUAAUAGACUUUAACCAAGCAAAGGUUUUUGAGGAAUAUGAGAAGAAGACUAUUAAUUUUAUCAAGGAACAGAAGUAUGAUGAUGCUUUCAAAUCUUUUGAUACAUUGUUGAAUGGUGAUCUUAUUGAUGGGAAAAGUAUUUUUACCAAUAUGACUGGUUUCAAUUUCUACUUCAACUACCUACAUACCAAAGAUUAUACUACAUAUGAAGAUUUUGGGCCAAUGAUACAAAAAUCUGCAGUCCGUAAAUCUAUACAUGUUGGUAAAAAAACAUUUAAUACAGGAAAAGAAGUUGAGAUGCAUUUAAAACAGGAUGUCAUGAAAUCUGUAGCUCCAUGGAUAUCGGAACUCCUUGAUCAUUACGAUGUAGUUAUCUAUAACGGUCAGCUUGAUAUUAUUGUUGCAUAUCCGCUAACAGUCAACUACCUCAGAAAUUUAAACUUUACUGGUGCAGAUCUGUAUAAAACAGCUAAAAGAUAUAUCUGGAAGGUGGAUGGUGAAGUUGCGGGCUAUGUCAAGCAGGCAAACAAACUUAUUGAAAUUAUGGUGAGGAAUGCUGGACAUAUGGUGCCUGGAGAUCAGCCAAAGUGGGCCCUGGACUUGAUUACAAGGUUCACUCAUGAGAAGACAUUCUUUUCUAAUAAAAAUAAUUAG